AUGUUAAUGAAACAUUUACCUGGUUAUGGUUAUACUAUGAUGUUAUCAGGAAAAGAUCAAGGUAAAGAAAAAUAUCUUUAUCUUUAUAGAAAGGAUAAAUGGACAUUAAGAAGAGAAUAUAUUUUCGAUGUAGAUAUCACCAGACCCCCAUAUGUUGUUACGUUUGAAAGAAAAGGACGACAAUUACGUGGUGGUAAAAUAGUGAUAUUAGAUAGUAUCACAUUAAUUGGAUACCAUACAAAACCAUCUAAUGCUUAUAAUGAAACGAUAAGAUUACUAGAACAAGUUUAUCCCAAGGUACUUAAUGAUUCUGGUAAAAAUCCAGUAAUCAUCCUAGAUGAUCUUAAUGCAAGUUUUACAACUAGAUGGGUGCCAGGUUUUAUUAAUAAAUUAUCAGAGUUGAGGUUAAUAUGUGGUAUAGGUGAUAAACAAGAUACCACUGUCAUACCCAGCGGUGUAAAAAAUAGAUUUAAAUCAUAUGAUCGAAUAAUAUAUCAAGAAUCUAAUAGUCAUAAAAUUAAAGAUUGUAAAGUAUACAAGUUUAAUGAUUAA